AUGACAACAACCAUACGUACACGAACUGGAUGCUGGACUUGCAAAAGACGCCACCGUAAGUGCGAUGAGGCAAAGCCGUAUUGCGUGAAUUGUACAAGAUCAGGAAAGGUGUGUUUGGGGUACGGUGUGAAGCUGGCUUUCGAUGUGGACGAUAGCAGGCAUACGGCUCUGAAGAAAGAUUCGAAAGGAAGAGAUGUUGUCGGCUUUCGUGGAAGGCCCCGUUUCAACCAUGAAGGGACCACUGAGCCUUCAAUAGUGGCCAGUAUUGUGCCCAAGAAGAAGGUGGGGAAGCCCACUAAUACCGAGCUGAGGCCUGUCUUCGAGUAUGAUCGAAAGACGUCUGCUGAUUUCAAAGCAAAGCCUACUCUACCGGCUAUACUGCAGUCUCAAACUCCACAUGAGUCCUCAAUGGUGAACCAGCAAUCCGUGGUCAAUUUCCACGGAACCUCGCUUACAGGACCAGGCUUUCUCACGUCAAGUGCAAUUCUUGGAUGGCUGGCAGAUUUCGACUCGUCUGCUACACUGACCAAGUUUAUUGAAGAUGUUGAUAACGACCAGAGUCUGGGACCUCAAGCCCAAAUUUCGGACGCUCGUAUUACUUCCACAGAAAUUGCUCCUAGUUCCAGAAUCAGAUUGCCCCCUUCAAGUCAAGAAAACCGACUGCUUGCCCAUUAUUUUUCAUCUUUGUUGCCUCUAUUUGAUAAUCUGGUGCAAUCUCCAAUUCCUCGAAUGACAAUAAAGUUUUGUGAUGCUGAGCUUGCCAAAAGCUGUUUCAUUGCACUUUCGAGUAUGCAUAUGUUUGCUAGAGAGAACAGACAAAACUUUCAUCAGUCGAGCAUCCAGCAUAUAGACAAGACAAUGGACCAUUUCAUAACCAACUUCACUAUUCCAGAAACGUCAUUGGUAAUGGGUCAUCCACAAAACGGGAGAAUUGUGGAUACCGUGAUUGAGCAUUUGCGACUUCAUGACCAAAAGCAGAUGUCGAGACUGCUCGUCCUACUAGCCAUCGUGCACACCAACUUACUAUUCAUAGUUCUAGAUUCAGGCAGAUCUGCGAUAUGUGACGUCUUUUUUGAAAUUGUUGGGCAAAUUACCAGAGACGAGGAGCUCCUUAGUCUUUGCCAAUGCGUCAAAGAGAGUUCCUUCGUCAUUGCAACGGUUUCGUGGUUUGAUAUAUGCACCGCUCUGACUUCCCAGAAAGUGCGAAAUGUGUACGCUUCUCGGAAAUGGAUCAGUGACUACGGGGAUACUAUAUUCAUUCUAUUUGGAUGCCCCGCUAAAAUAUGUGAAGCGUUGGUGGACAUGAUAGAAUUGAGGUGUACAAUGACCAAAGAUAAGAGUGGUUCUAAGCAGUCCAUCGAAUACCAGUACCACAGGAUAAAGAGCUCGUUGCUGAACUACCGUGAGUAUGCUACACAAACUACGUACUACAAUUUCAGGGAGGCAAUGAAGGGGUCACAUUGCUGGAGUAUGGCUUCAAUCACCUAUUUGAACAGAUUGGUUCCUUCCAAAGAACGGGAAAUGGAAAACAAAUGGCUGGUGAGCGAGUUCAUCGCGACCUACCAACAAUUACCCCAGAAGUCAAAGAUGGUCGCCCAGAUGCUUUGGCCGCUCUUCCAGAUAGGGUGCGAAUGUGAGGCCGAAGAAGACAGAACUGCCAUAAUGUCAUUUCUGGAAGUCUUGUACUUGAACAAUCGAAUGGGAAAUGUGACCACUUUGAUUUCAUUACUCAGAUGGACCUGGUCAUCGGGGGUCAAUUAUAGCGAGGUUUUAAGGGGUUCUUCCUGGCUAGGAGCCGGAAUUGAGCUUAUGCCAGUCUGA